AUGGUUACAUUCGUUGCACAAUCGAGAUAUGAUUCAAACUUCACUGUACCAGUACAGGCGUUUGUUUUGAAGUCGAUUACUCGGGCACUACCUGCUCAACGAAUACGCGAACAGAACUGGCUACAUCUGCACAACUUGGAUUUAGCAGAUCCAUACUUUGACACACCUGGGAAGGUUGAUAUCCUGUUGAGUGCAGAAAUUUACAGUGAGAUCCUGAAAGAAGGAUUAAGAAAAGGCCCCCGUGGUACCAUUAUAGCGCAAAAUACAUACCUCGGGUGGAUUUUGUUAGGCCGGUUGCACAAUGAGGAGACUAUACAAAGCUACAAAAUCACGACUAGUAUGCAUCUAACAAUUGAGGAUAAUUUACUACAAAAAUUUUGGGAGAUGGAAUCUGAUUCUAAACAUGAGAAGAUUCUUACUGAAGAGGAGAGUCGAUGUGAGAAAAUGUAUGAGGAGACUUAUACUAGAGAUAAAAGUGGUAGAUUUAUAGUACGCCUACCAUUUAAAGAAGCAAAUCCACCUUGUCAAUAUGGAUCAUCGAGAGAUAUAGCUGAAGGACGACUGAUACAAUUGGAGAAGAGAUUUACAAAAGAUUCUGAUUUAAUGAAACAAUACAGUCAUGUCAUGAAGGAGUACCUAAAUUUAGAUUUCAUGGAAGAGAUAGUUGAGGAACAUGAUCGACAGAUACCAACAGCUGUUUAUAUACCUCAUCAUGCCGUGAUUAAUCCGAAAAAGACGACAGUGAGAGUUGUAAUGGAUGCUUCGUGUAAAUACAAAAACGGAACUUCACUCAAUGAUAGUCUCAUGGUUGGUCCUCGUCUUCAACCAGAUUUACGCCACAUCAUUCUACGAUGGCGAUACCACAAGAUCUGUUUAGUGGCCGACAUUACAAAAAUGUAUUUGCAAAUUAAAGUUGACGAAGAAAGUUCAAAUUAUCAACGUCUCCUUUGGAGAAACAAUUCUACUGAAGACAUUAAACAUUAUAGAAUGACCAGAGUCACUUUCGGUACUGCCAGCGCUCCUUAUUUAGCGACAAAAACACUGCAUCAGCUUGCAAAGGAGGAGACGAAUAAGUAUCCCUUGGCCUCAAAAAUUACAACUACAGAUUUUUAUAUGGACGACUUAUUAUCAGGUGCAGAUACAAUAGAAACCGCUAAAAAGAUUUAUGAUGAGAUGAAUGGAUUAAUGGCUGCUGGCAAGUUUCAGUUACAGAAGUGGAAUACUAAUGAUACAGAGCUUCUAAGUUAUAUGAGAAAAGCAGAUGAUGAAGUUACUGAGUUAGAGUUUCAACUGGAAGGUACAAUUAAAACAUUAGGAAUAGUAUGGGACAGAACAAAAGAUGAGUUUCAGUAUUCAGUAGAUAUUCCAGAUAUAUCAUCUCCAGUGACAAAAAGAUCUAUUGCACGAGAUGUAGCCAAAUUAUUUGAUCCAAUGGGAUGGCUUGCGCCAGUUAUCAUCAUUGGUAAGAUUUUUUUGCAGAAGCUAUGGCUUACUGGUGUAACCUGGGACCAAGAAGUGCCUAGUGACUUGGCAUAUAAUUGGCUCAAGUUCAGAGAAGAAUUACACUGUUUAUCUGAUAUUACUGUAGAGAGAUGGUUAAAUACAACUAGUUUAGAUACAAAACUAGAACUUUAUGGAUUCUCAGAUGCCUCCACUGUAGCAUACGGGGCAGUAGUGUAUGCAAGAGUUACAGAUUCUACCCAUAAAAUCCAUAUUCAUUUAAUUUCAGCUCGCACUAAGGUGGCUCCUGUAAAAACUAUAUCGUUGCCACGUUUGGAGUUAUGUGGAGCGGUCUUAUUAACACGGCUGCUUAUUGAGAUUGCAGAACAUUUGAAUAUACCAAGACAGCACAUUUAUGCAUACACUGACUCGAACGUCGUAUUAUCUUGGCUACAGAAACAUCCAAGCACAUGGAAGACAUUUGUGGCAAAUAGGACAUCUGAGAUAAUAACCUCAUUACCUGGUCAUCAUUGGUUUCAUGUACCAUCCAAGGAGAACCCUGCUGAUCUAGCAUCUCGAGGAGUUACUGCAUCUAAGUUAAAGAAAGAGACAUUAUGGUGGAAAGGGCCAGAAUGGCUGAGAAGAGAUACUAUACAACAUAUGAUAACCCUACCAGAUUUGAAAGAAGGAGAAAUAGAACAAAGACCGGUAAAAGUAUUUACAACACAGAUAGAGAAUAACUUUUCAGAAAUAUUUACACGAUUUUCUACAGUGACAAGACUACAGAGAGUAAUAGCACUUUGUAAACGUUUCGGACAGAUAAGGAUAAACAAAUUCCCAAAAUAUGUAACAGCUGAAGAAUUAGACAAUGCAUUGAAAGCAUGCAUCCUUAUAUGUCAGCAAGAAGAAUUUUCUAAGGAUAUAGCGAGUAUUAAGGACAGUAAAGCUGUAAAACAAUACAGCAAUCUGCGAUCUCUUAGUCCAUUUUUAGAUAAAAACGGCAUAUUAAGAGUCGGAGGUCGUUUACGACACGCUAAUAUUCCUGAAGAAGCGAAACAUCAGAUAAUUUUGCCCGAUUGUCAUUAUUUAUCCAAACUAAUUAUCGCAAAUGCACAUAAAAAAACUUUACAUGGGGGUCCAACUCUCAUGCUAAGUUUCUUGAGACAGAAUUACUGGAUUCUCGGUGUCAAGAGAAUGAUUAAGCAAGAAGUGCAUAGAUGUGUUAUCUGUGCCAGACACCGUGCAACUAUUGGUACACAAUUAAUGGCCGAUCUACCUCCCCAAAGAGUAACACCCACAAGACCCUUUUUGCAUAGCGGAGUUGAUUUUGCUGGACCUGUGGACUUGCGUAUAUCUAAGGGUCGAGGUUGUAAAACGUCUAAGGGUUAUCUAUGUAUAUUUAUUUGCAUGGCAACAAAGGCCAUUCACAUUGAAAUUGUAAGCAGUUUAGAGAGUGCCGAUUUUAUUGCUGCGUUCAAACGAUUUACCGCUACGAGGACACUGCCGUCACAUGUGGAGCGACAAUGCCACUAA